AUGAACGAUAGAAUAACGACCACCAUCCUAGAAUGUGCAUCAGAAGUCGCACCGGCCAGUAAAAUGAAGGACUCAAAGCUCUCAACAGAAACGAGGAUUCUCAUGAAGAAAAGACGAAUGAUGAAGAAAACGGAGGUAAACAACAACAGGGACAUCAGAAACAACAUCGAAUAUGCAGAACUGGAUAAGACCAUCAAGAAGAAGGCAAGGGAAGACAUCAGGAAGCAGAACAUGAAGAAGAUAGCAGAGACCAUCGAAAAUGGAAAGAGCAUGAAAAGAGCAAAGAGAUCCUUUCAACUAGGGCAGGAUAGAAUGCUGACUCUUCUAGACAAAGAUGAAAAUGAGCUCACCACACAAGACCAGAUAUUAGAACGAGUAGAAGAAUUCAAUGGAGAGCUGUAUGACAGCAACAAGGGAAUAGAAAUCUCAACAAAGGCAUGCGAUCUACCAGCAUAA